UUGUUUCUCUCGUGGAGGUUGAUCUUUUUUUUUUUUUUUUUUUUCUUUUGUCUCCCGUUUCGGACCUCCACUGCUACCUUUUCCAUCCCCGUCUCCUUUUUUACACUUUUUUUCUCCCGUCGAACAUAACUUUAUGACCCAUCAUACCUAUAUUACUAUGCUCCUUUUAAACACGCCUUUUCUCAUCACAUUCACGGUUUUUCCUUCCUUCCCUGCCUUCUUCGCCCCACUCUUACCCCUUUCAUAUGGAUCCGCGUUACCUUUCUCGUCUACUAGCGACUCACUUGUGACGUCUAUCGCGUUUCCUGUUUUGCCCGCUUCUUUCAUCUGUUUUCCCCCUUGCGAUAUGGUUUUGGUCUCUCCCGUGAUAUAUAGUGUCUAUUAUUUGUGAAUGCGUUGGCAUUCUCUCUCCUUUUGUCAGGUCGAUGAAUACGUUAUAGUGUAGAUCACGUUUUAAAUGUUAUGGAGU